UAAGAGUACUGAGUGCAUUUUGGAAGAAGAUAUGGAACGUAGAAGACGGAAAACAGUUACUUUAUUUACGUAAGAAUUGGAGAGAAGAGAGAGAGAGAGCGGUUCUAUAAAUUGUUUUGCUAUUUUUUAGGAAAAUAACUUUGGUUAUUUGGCGCCAAUUAUUUUGGUCUUUUACUGCCAAACCUAAUAUAAAGCUAAAAAAUUACCAAUUCUUUUUAUGUGUUGUAUUUUUUCUAAUAUAAAAGUAGAGUUAAUAAUCAAAUUACAGAUGGCAUUAAGAUUCUCAGCAAUAGCAUCAUCAAGUGUAGUACGUCGUCGAUUGCCCAUAGUAGGCGCCUUCUGCGUUCUUACUUUUGGUCUCUCUAAUCUUUCAAUACAAACUUUUUCUAAAACCGGUUCUGCUCACUCGCUUCCCUUUCCCCCUUUCUUACGGUCGAAAUUAAGACAGAGUACGAGUGUUAGUAAUAGCAUCAGAAUGGAAGGAAGCAGCAAGAUUGUUCCCAGCAUUGUUGUCUAUGUCACUGUUCCUAACAAAGAAUUGGGUAAGAAACUAGCAGGGAGCAUAGUCAAGGAGAAACUUGCAGCAUGUGUUAAUCGAGUACCAGGCGUCGAAUCAGUUUACGAGUGGGAAGGAGAGGUACAGACUGAUUCUGAGGAGCUGCUUAUAAUCAAGACCAGGGAAUCCCUUUUGGAAGCUCUUACAGAGCAUGUGAAGGCCAACCAUGAAUAUGAAGUUCCUGAAGUGAUUGCCAUGCCAAUAGUUGGUGGCAGCCCCCAGUACCUAGAAUGGCUCAAGAACAGCACUAGGGAAAAAUGAUUAAGCCAAGGCAGGCUUGUUCGACUUUAGCCUGUAGUUAUGUUGGACAAUGUCCCUUGCUCCCAUGUCUAGCGCUUAUCAAAGACCAAUAUUAAUGUUUAUUUCGUGUUUUUGUCUAAUAGUUAUUACUCAAAACAGUCAAACUGUGUGGGUAGUCCUGAACUUGAUACGAGCUCUCAUAUCUAUCUCAAUAAUAUCUUAAAUGCAUGUGUUAUUUAUGCCA